UAUUACGUAGAAUAUUGUGUAAGGCCUCGGUAGCCAUGCAUCGGUUUUGUGCAUUAACGUUACUUCUUACGGUUCUUAUUGAAUCGACCGUUUCCAUUUCUUUUUAUUUACCGGUAAAUUCUCGAAAAUGUUUGCGGGAAGAGAUCCACAAAGACGUGCUUGUCACUGGGGAAUAUGAGGUUAGCGAGCAACCUAACACUAAGACCAACCUUAAGAUCACAGAUUCCUCUGGCCACAUCUUGUACUCAAAAGAAGAUGCCUCCAAGGGGAAGUUCGCCUUCACGACUGAGGAUUACGACAUGUUUGAAGUCUGCUAUGAGAGCAAGUUUCCCAUGGGAACUGGGCGGGUCCCUGACCAGCUGGUCAAUUUGGACAUGAAGCAUGGCGUGGAGGCAAAGAAUUACGAGGAGAUUGCCAAAGUGGAGAAACUGAAGCCCCUGGAGGUGGAGCUUAGGAGACUGGAGGACCUGUCUGAGUCCAUCGUCAAUGACUUUGCUUAUAUGAAGAAGCGUGAGGAGGAGAUGAGAGACACUAAUGAGUCCACAAACACACGCGUCCUUUACUUCAGCAUCUUCUCCAUGUGCUGUCUGAUUGGCCUGGCCACCUGGCAGGUCUUCUACCUGCGCCGAUUCUUCAAGGCGAAGAAGCUCAUCGAGUAAAGCUGGGAGUUUCAUCCAGGGAAAGGUCCAUCGAUUGGCUCCGCCCUCGCUCGCUCACAAACCACCAUCAGCCAGUCGGGGCAGGCGAAGCGGUGCAGUUUGAAUCUAGUUUUUGGAGACGUCGAGUGACAGCUUGGACAGCGAAAUGCAGCCACUCUGAUGAAAGCUCCACCUUUACCACCGAAAUGCCGUUUUGUUUUUUUUUUUUCUCCCCUCCCUCGUCAUUUUUGUCUGUCUUCACAAAUGAUUGGUCACUUGGUUUUCUGUGUUGCUACGUGGUGUUUGAUUUUUGUAAAUACUGUUUUUGGACUUUCUACGGGGAAGAUUAAAAUUUGGGGCGGGGGAACAGUCUCACGAACUGCAGAGGAAAGUUUUUGAGCUUGCGCAUUCUUCUGCGUUUCCUACUCCAUCCCUUGUUCAUUUGUUUUGUUUUUAAGAAAAAAAAAAACAUAGAAAAACAUUUGCUAUAAAACUAAGAAUGUUGUGGAAUCAGAAAUUGCUGUAGCGCAUAUAGAUCCGUUUAAAGCUACCAAAGUCCCUUAAAUAAAUUUCUCUGCUUUUUGUCCUGUUUGCUGUGUUAAUAUAAGACCUUGAAUAUGUUGGCUGAAAAAAAUGUACUAUACGCAUACUCUGUGCCCAGCAGUAUUUGUACAUGUAGGCGUGUGGUCAUGUUGCAUUGGAAUCCAAGCCUGGAUUAAACCCAGAACACUGCAAUUGUACAUGGCAGCUUCAAAAAGGCAGUGUUCUCCCUUCUGACCUGUUCCUCCUGGUAGCUGUUUUUAGCUUGUAAUCAUAGUUGCAAUUACAAAAAUUGAGUUGGAACAUUCUGAUGAGGAAUUAUAGUCAGCUAUUGCUUGAUGUAAGAUGACGCCAGUUUCUUAAUAUAUUUAACAGUGAUGGUAAUAUAAAUGUAUGGUAGGCUUGAGGUGUUCAUGUUUAUAAGGGUAUUUUUGUUUUCUUGCUUUCCCUUUACAGCAAAAUCAGUGUGCGUUCUGUAAUCCUGCUCCUUUCAAACAGAAUGCUGUGGUGAAUGGUUGCUUUUGAUUUUUUUUUGGCCAUUUUAACUAAUACAGAUUUAUAAAUGCCAUACAGUUUGUGUUUUUUUUAUGGGACGAUCACCUUUGUUAUUCAAUAAAAGC